GAAACCCAAGAAUCUCAACCUCGCCAAGGAAAGUUAAUCAAUAAACUAAUUAACUGCUUGCAAGCUUUGUAAUUGUUUGAUCAGAAGAAUUAGAAUGAAAGGUUGGGGGUUGAGCACAACCCUGGGAUGAAGGCCGAAUCGUAGAACUCUUUACAUUUUUUUAAAAAAAGUAUUUUUUAAAAAUAGAAUUUUAUUUUAUUUUUGCACCAGGAAAAAGGAGAGGAAACCAUUCUCUUUUUUUCCCCCCUUCCUCCUUUUUCUUAAAAAUUAGGAAUAAUUGAAGGAUUUGGGAGAGAAAGGAGGGGGAGACGGAAAUGCCUUUCAAUUAAAGCGAGAUCGGAGGGAAAUUUUGCCUCCCCAACUGCUGCCGGCUUUUGAUCUCCUUGUUUUCGCCCCACGAAGACCAUCCAGUCCAGGUUGAGAUUUUCUGCUUAUUUUUGUUCCGGCACCUUUUUUUUUUUUUUUGGUUAACAUUCUGAAUUCGAGGCUCGCUCCAGGUUGCUCCUUUUUGGACCAAUGAAGGAACCAGACGCCAUCAAACUUUUCAUUGGACAAAUCCCCCGGAAUUUAGAGGAGAAAGACCUUAAGCCCAUCUUUGAACAGUUUGGCAAAAUCUACGAGCUGACAGUCAUUAAGGAUAAAUACACCGGCAUGCAUAAAGGAUGCGCCUUCCUGACCUACUGCGCCCGCGAGUCAGCCCUCAAGGCACAAAGUGCUCUUCACGAGCAGAAAACGCUGCCUGGGAUGAACCGGCCAAUCCAGGUGAAACCAGCGGACAGCGAAAGUAGAGGAGAAGACAGGAAGCUCUUUGUAGGGAUGUUGGGCAAGCAGCAGACAGAUGAGGACGUCCGGAAAAUGUUUGAGCCCUUCGGGAACAUCGACGAAUGCACGGUGCUGCGUGGUCCUGACAGCACCAGCAAAGGCUGCGCUUUCGUGAAGUUCCAAACGCAUGCAGAAGCACAAGCCGCCAUCAAUACGUUGCAUGGAAGCCGCACGUUGCCAGGUGCCUCGUCUAGCCUUGUGGUGAAAUUUGCCGACACGGAGAAGGAGAGGGGCCUGCGUCGAAUGCAGCAAGUGGCAAACCAGCUGGGCAUGUUUAGCCCCAUUGCGCUUCAGUUCGGGGCGUAUAGCGCCUACACCCAAGCACUAAUGCAGCAACAGGCAGCUCUUGUUGCCGCACACUCCACCUACCUCAACCCCAUGGCGACGAUGGCCGCCGUGCAGAUGCAGCAGAUGGCCACCAUCAACCCCAACGGCCUCAUUGCCACCCCCAUCACCCCCAUCACGCCCUCCUCAGGUACCAGCACGCCGCCCGCCAUUGCUGCGACGCCAGUGUCUGCCAUCCCGGCUACCCUCAGCGUCAAUGGCUACAGCCCUGUCCCCACGCAGAGCACGGGGCAGCCAGCCUCUGAGGCCAUUUACUCCAACGGUGUCCAUCCUUACCCAGCACAGAGCCCAGCAGCCCCCGUGGACCCACUGCAACAGGCAUAUGCAGGGAUGCAACACUAUACAGCCGCCUACCCCGCUGCCUACGGACUGGUCAGCCCGGCCUUCCCGCAACAGCCAGCCACGAUAAUCGCCCAGCAACCUCCUCCGCAACAGCAACAGCAGCGGGAAGGCCCCGAGGGCUGUAACAUCUUCAUCUACCACCUGCCGCAGGAGUUCACGGACUCUGAAAUCUUACAGAUGUUCCUCCCCUUCGGGAAUGUCAUCUCUGCCAAAGUCUUCGUGGACCGGGCCACCAAUCAGAGCAAAUGUUUCGGAUUCGUAAGUUUCGACAAUCCCGCCAGCGCUCAGGCUGCCAUCCAGGCCAUGAACGGCUUCCAGAUUGGGAUGAAACGCCUCAAAGUCCAGCUCAAGCGGCCCAAAGAUGCCAACCGGCCCUACUGAACCACUGCCCAUCAGGUCUGGAGCUUAAUGGAGGAGCAAAGCCCCCCUUGAUUCGCUUCCCCUUUCCUCUUACUCCCCCCCUCUUCCUCCACUUUUCCUCUUCCUCCUCAUAGAUCAUAGAAAGCUGCCCGUUCUCCGAGCUCAAGGGCCACCACUUUCCUUGCUGGCUCAAACUGGAAGAAUCCUCAGCUGACACCAAUCCACUCCUCUUUGAGGACAGCUAUACGAUCAGAUGGGCUCACCGUAUAUAAAUCCUUCUGCCACCCUCCCCUACUCCCUCCCUCUGACCCAGCUGAGAAGCAUGCACUGGAGUCGCCAAACAAAUCAACCCUUACCCAACCCAUGAAAACCCCUCCUUUGGUGGCGGUGGUGGUUGUUUAAGCCACGGACGUUUGGACCCCAAGAUCUGUUUGCGGGGGGAGGAUUAUAUCCUUUUGGAUGAGGCAGACUGAGCAGAAGACAUUCCUAGAAAGAUGGGCUCAGGACCGACCCAGAUAGGAGCCCCCAAGCACACCUCUGGGGGUCCCUCAACCCUUUUCCUCUUGUGCCCAGCGGAUGUAAGGUCGCAGGAAUGCAGGCCGCGGAGCCAGAGGCAUGGACCAAUGGAAGAUCUUCAGGGUGAUAGACCUUUGGGGAUUAGAAAAUAAUUCACCCUCCAACUGAUUCCUGAUGCUGGUCUAGCCAGCUUCUAGGAGCUGCCAGAGCUUCCUGGG